UGCGCAUGCGUGCUCCCACCCUCGGGCGCUGGGGCUGAUGGGAGUCUCACUUCCAAUAUGGCUGAAGAUCCCGGAGGGUUGUAUUUUAUUCACCCAACGAUUUUCUUUUUUCUUUCCGUUUUUCCUGUUGGCUUUGCAACAUGGAAGGACUCUCGAUAGCGUGUUUCGGUUCUGUGUCGUCGCCGCCGCCGCCAUGCCAAAGAAAGGGAACAGAAAACGGCUGAAAUACCGGGGAAACAUUUCUUCUGAAGCAGUUACUGUGGCAGAUUAUGCCGAUUCGGACCCAGCUAUUGUGAAGACUGGCAGAGUGAAGAAAGCUGUGGCAAAUGCAAUUCAAAAAGAAGUAAAGUUGCUGUGUGGAUUGGAGGCAUCUCAAGUCCCUGCAGCAGAAGAAGCUCUUUCCUCUGUAGCUGGGGAUCAUUUGGACUGUGACAGCAGUGAUGAAGUAGAUGCUGAUGGCCACUCAAAUGAGUUGAAGGUCUCUAGGAAAAAGAAAAGUAAACGACAGCAAGUGGAGGAUGAAGAGGACUGUGGAGAACAAUACCCGAUAGAUAUUUGGUUAUUCCUGUCAUCUUACAUACGUCCUGAAGAUACUGUUAAAUUUGCUCUGAUUUGUAAAAAUGCUUGGGCUGUUACCUGUACAGCUGCUUUUUGGACCAGAUUGUACAAAAGAUAUUACUGUCCAGAUGUGUACUUGCCUGAACGUUUACAACGCGAGGUCAUAGGAAGGUUUAGUUCACUGCGGGCCUCUGUGAUUCGUUCGUUGUAUCUCAUGUAUGAGCCAUUUCGUUCUCGUUUGUUAGAGAAACCAGCAAUUCCUGAGUCAACUCCAACCACGUUACAGAAUUGCAGCUCACCUAAGUUGAAGAAUGGCUGUCAAAAUGGACUACAGUUUCCUAGACAGUAUGAACAAGUACACAAGAACCCUGACCAAGACUGCUACUUAUUGCAGAUCACCACUCUCAAUUUCAUCUUCACACCUGUGGUUAUGGGAAUGACAUUAGCUUUGUUUACAAUAAAUGUGAGCACUGAUAUGAGGCACCAUCGUGUCAGAAUGCUCUUUCAAGACUCCCCGCUUCCACAAGGCAAGAAGCCUAAAAAGGACCAAGGACUCCAAGUUAUCUUGGAUCCUGUGCAUAGUGUGCGUUUACUGGACUGGUGGCAUCCACAAUAUCCCUUUUCUGCCAGUAUUUAGUAUUAUUUCCCUUUCAAACAAUACAAAACUGGGAGGAAAAAAUUGGCACUUAAUUGAAUUGCAUGUUAGAUAUGGAGAAUGAGUUCAGUUUAUAGAGAAGUGACUUAAGGAAUGUAGAAUUUUGUGAUUCAUAAAUGUCAAAGGUGAUUAGCAGCUGAAAUGCAAGUAUUGAGGGCUGAAGUGUGUACAGCAUUUGGAGCCCGGAUCUGAGAAUCAGGAAAAACUAAUCUUGUCUGGAAAGUAAUUUGUUUAACAGUAGUUCAUCUUUACAUCUUUCUCAUUUUAUACACAGAAUUUGCAGAUUGCUUGAUGUUGUAGGAAUUGGUUUUCCCUUAUUUUGACAGUAUGAAAUAUUAAAUACUUAGCAGUGAUAUAUGAGCAGUAAGAAGUUGCAUAUACCGAGUACCCAUGUCACUUAAUGACAUUCUCAUGUAGUAUGCAAUGUUUUAAAUUAGCAUUGGUGGUAACCGAUAGAAACAUUGCUCUCUUUUUAAUAUAUUUCCACAAAAGGUGAUUGCUUGCUUUUAUAGUAAUCUGGAGACUGGAGCCAAAAGUUAACUCAUUGUAAAGAGGAUCUUUGUAUGGUGCAUUAUUUUGAAGUUCCUAAAUUUCUCUGUUAAUUAUAUAUUAUUUAAUUCUGCACAAUUAGAAAUGGAUUAAAAUAUAUUACAUUUAGUUUUGAUUUGUAUAGUUUGUUGAUGGGAUUUUGAUUGCAGUGGGGGAUUGGUUUAGAAAUGCACAAAAUGGUUAUGAAUUACAUUUGAAAAGCAAAAAAGCUGAAAUUACCAAAUUGUAAGUUGAUAAUUUAAACAUUGUGCAUUCAAUUAUCUAAGCCAUUUUUGAACCUCUGGAAAAAUUAAAAAAUUCAUUCAAAUGUUUCCAAUAAUCUGAAAAGAAUCACCCUGCUUUUUUUUGCAUUUAAAAUUUCGCUGUUUGCUGUCUGUGGACAGAAAUUGUUAUGCACAAUACAUGAAAGAUGCUGAUUUCUUUAAAUGAAAAUGAUUUGGAACACUAAAAGUGACUGAUUUGUCAAUUGAAAAUUGUUUCAUUGUCAUACUACUUGUUUUAUAUUGCAGAACUUGAUUUGUUUUGAAUUGACCUUCACUACUUUUAACACGCUACCUGUCUCCAUUUAAAAACUACAUGGUCAAAGAUUUCAUUAAUGCGAAUGUGUUACAUAAUGAAGUAAAGUCAAACCCAAAUCAAUCUUAACUUACUAGUCAUGAUAAAUUUCUGUUAGUGGAAUGUGAUGAGUAUGAGUAGUGUCAUUGAAUACAAUAUCAUGGAUAGAUAGCAUGGAUAUCACGUUUCUGAUUGACAGAUUUGAUGAUUGCAGGAAAUUGUAGAAAUACUGAUUUUUGCACAGUACAUGGCAGCUUAUUUCAGUUAGUGGCACAUAUUUCAAUGCUAUGUGAAAUUGACAGCAAUGUCCUUUCUUUACUGUUUUACGUGAAGUACGUUGUAUUUGAAUUUUUUGGAACAACGUUUUUCAAAUGUGCAUGCAUAUACAAUAUAAUUAGACAGUUUGGAAGUUGAGAGUUUAUAAAUCGGAUGGUUCUAACAUGCACAAAAUGCAGAAAUUUACAGCUGAGCUUAAGAAAGUUGCAGACCUUUUAGCUUCUAGGAAACCAUUAGGACAUAGCUACUAUUUUAUCUCAAGAUUUUUUCCUCAAAAUUGUUGGAAUUGGCCUUUAAUUGUGACUGUUGGUUCAAAUUUUACCAUUUGGUGCAUUUAUUUAUUAGUAUAUGUAUUCAAAGGGUAAAUAAUUUGCCAAAUUUGUUUUAAUCUUAUAUUUUAACCAUAGAUGUAAAAUUAAAUGUUCAAUUUUCAGCCAGGGAUGAUUCAUUUGUACAUCAAAAUAAACAUGCUGUGAAAAUUCAAGCUUACUACUGUCCCUAGUAUACUUACUUUAUUUCUUCUAAAAGUAAAAUCUAGUAUUUCUGUGAAAUGUAGCUAAUUAUUCAUUAAAGUCAGUACCUUAUGUUUGGUACAUGUUCCAAAUUAUUCAGAAAUUUCAGGUAACAUUGAAGAAAUCUUCUGUUAGUUGUGAAGGUGAUUGUCUUUUUAAAAUGUUGACUUUGAAAACCAGCAUCUCAUUUGUAAGUAGCAUGCCCAGAGUAAUGUCUUUAAUCAGAAGUUUGCUUCAUCUCAGAAACCUAUUUGCUUAACCUUUAUUUCUCCAAGCCUUCUUUUGCAGUACACACAAGAAGGCAGGCAGAUGAUCAAUGAAUAGUAGGCAAAGUUUACAUAUGGGUGUUGCUAUUUUUUGACACAGUGAAGGGGGUUUAUGGAUUACCUAGUUUUACACUGCUUUUGAAGGUCAUCUGAUUACGCAGAUCAGCUUAUGAGCCAUCAUUUAAGUUUUUGAGUGUGUCUUGAAAUCAUUUAAUUUCUCACCUGGUAAUUUACAAAAAUGCAGAAAACUGAACUAACCAGAAAUUUUUCAGCCAAUGCCAAGUACUGUUGGUUACAUGCGUGCUACUGAAAUACAGCUGUAAUGAAUAAGAUGCUUCUUAUUAGAUUCCAAGACACUGGACAGAAGUUAAUGAUAUAUCCAUCUGUGUUCUGAGUAGGAAAAUUUAAUAAGUAGUAGAUCUAAAUGUUGAUUAAAAGAAAAAUUAAUUUUCUAAUUCUGCAUUCUGGAUUUAGUCCUCUUGUGGUAUUGAGUUAAUAUAUGCAUAAUUAGAGAUAAAAAGACAUUGGAGGAAAGUAAUUAAGCUUCACUAUCAAAUAUAGCUGUCUAAUUGUUGGCAUAUUGUUCAGAUGUAACUUAAAACAGAUCUGCAAAUUUGUGUAAAUACCCUAUUUUGAAAUGAACUUCUCUAUUGAGAUUAAAUAAUUAAAGUACCACUAAGUAGACAAAACAGAUGUGGAUGUAUUCAUGUGAGGUAUUGAUGUCGUCUGAAAUUUCACUGCUAUUGAACAUGUACUAAUAUUGCAGCAAGCCAGAAAUUGUAUGACUAAAUAUUAUUCAAAUUGACUGAAAUAUAUCAUGGUUACUUUAACUGGACUAUGUAAGUGUUGAACUUGAUGUUGGUUGACAACUGAUGAGCAUGAUUUCCUUCAUUCUUUUCUUGAAAGUUUCUUUCAUUGGACAAUUAGAAUUUUCAUUUUAAAAUGUACAACAUAAAUUUUAUGAACAUUUAAAUAGCAUAUUUGCUAAACAAAUCAUUUUUGAAUGACAUUAUUUUCAUUUUUAGACAGUAGUCUCAGACCUUAAUAAAGUUCAU